UCGGUCUCCGGGGGCGGAGCCGAGCCGGGGGCGGCGCCGUGGGUCGGCGCGAGACGCCUCUGGAGGGAGGCGAGGAGGACGCGUAGUGGCGCAGGAUGGAAACAGACUGUGACCACCUGGAGCGAGGCAGUCUGGCUGGGUUCGAAGAAGGUUCUGAGCUGAAUGGUUUAGAGGGAACUGACGUGAAGGACAUGAGGCUGGAAGCCGAGGCGGUGGUCAGCGACGUCCUCUUUGCUGUUAACAACAUGUUCGUCUCCCAAACCCUGCGCUGUGCUGACGACGUGGCCUACAUCAACGUGGAGACCCGUGAACUGAACCGAUACUGCCUAGAGCUCACCGAGGCAGGGCUGCGGGUGGUAGGCUAUGCCUUCGACCGUGUGGACGAGGCCGUGCAGGCGCCCUAUCACGAGACCGUCUAUUCCCUGCUGGAUACACUCAGCCCUGCCUACCGGGAAGCCUUCGGCAACGCACUCCUGCAAAGACUGGAAGCUCUGCAGAGGGACGACCAGUCCUGACAAAGCUUUCCCUCCUUU